AUGACGCGCGCCCAGGCCCUGCUGCUGGAGAAGAAGAAGCAAGAGGAGGCAGACUUCAAGAAAAAGGAGAUACGGGGCCGGUCGCUCUCGCGGAAACGAAGAGACGCUGAUCGGGACUCGGGUGUGGACGAAGGAAAGGAUGUCGACCAAUCAGUUUCCCCUCAGAAGAGCCGCUCUCCGACCAAACGCGUCCAGCCGGCCACAUCUCAAGAGAAGCAAAAAAAAGUACCCAUGAACAAGGUGCAAGUGGGGACAGCUGCUUCGCCGAACAUAAAGAACGUCAAAUCUCGCAUCGGGUCUCUGGCAAAUUCAAGCUACAAACCCGGUGGAGGGAACAUCAAAAUCGAAAGCCACAAAAUCGACGUGAGCAAGGCCUCGACAAAAAUCCAGGCGAAGUCUAGCUACAAACCCGGUGGUGGCACCAAAAAGAUCGAGUCAAGGAAGCUGGAGUGGAAGUCGGAGUCGAAGGUCGGCUCCAUGGGCAACACGAACUACAAGCCGGGCGGCGGCAAUGUCAAGGUCAGCAACCAGAAGCUGGAGUUCAAGGAGCGCGCUGCACCCAAGGUCGGCUCGCGGGACAACAUGCAGCACAAACCGGGCGGCGGCGAUGUCAAGGUUGAAUCCAUCAAAAUUGACAUGUCCGCGGUGGGCAGUAGGAUUGGCUCGCUGGAUAACGUGAAACACAAGCCGCAAGGUGGCGACAAGAAAAUCUUCAACGACACUGAGUACAUUCGCCAGAUUAGCUCUGGCUCUGGCGAGGGCCGUAGCAGGCGCAAGUCUCAGGCCAGCUCGAUAGAUGACGCCACGGAACCGAGCACGGGUCCGUCUUCGCCAACAAAAUCUCCCAACAAAUCUCCAGCAAAGUCUCCGUCUUCACCCGCGCAGCCAGAUAACCCGAAAUCUCCCGAAGCUGAUACCAAGCCACCGCAGCCUGAAGACUCGUCCCAAUCUGCGGAGGCCACAUCCCCGGCGGAGGAGGCCAAGUCCCCAGAAUCCGACGCCAAGUCUCCGAACCCUGAGGCCAAGUCCCCAGAAUCCGAGCCGAGCUCGCCGUCGUUCGCUGUGUUCGUGUGCGUGCGCGUGGGUGUGCAGGUGUAG